AUGGGUAGUUUAAAUGGUUAUAGUGAUAGUACUCCAAACUCUUUAAAGAUCGAAAAUGGCUUAAGAAGUGAAGUUGAUAGGCAUAUUCUAUCAGAGAACACAAAUAGCUCUGUAACGAAAUGGGAUUCAAUUUGUAUAUAUGAUGGAAAGUUCAUUUCAGAAUCACUAGCCAUUCUAGAAUACAUCGAUGAGACCUGGAAACAUAAUCCUAUCAUGCCUGAAGAUCCUUAUGACAUAGCCAUUGCUCGCUUUUGGGUUAAAUCCGUUGAUAAGAAGCAGUUAAUAAAAAUCAUUUGCUUGUUGAUUGAAGCUGCCAUGGAAAGUGUCUUGAGGUUUUUACAAGCAAAGAGAAUGGGCAGGAGAAGGCGAUUGAUGAAGGUAUAA